AUGGGCCUGUUCGCGAAAAAGAAGCACGGCCACGAAGAGAGCGUCGCCCAGGCGCACUCCCCUCCUCCCAAUUCGCACCUCGAUACCCCCGAAAUCACGUUCGUCCGUACCGAUACGUUUACCGAGGAGAGGAUCUUUCCUCCUGCGAGCCCUAUAACCGAGAAUGAGGCCGACCACGAUUCACAUCUGUCCGCCGAGGCGGCAGGAACACCAGCGAGGGGUCGCCUUAGUCUGGACGUCUUCCGCGGCAAUCGCAGUCGUAGCCAAUCUAUGAGCAGCAAUCCCAAGAGCCCAACCGUCAAGAGUCCCGGAGCCAGGCGCAUGUCACGAUUCCAUUUACACCGUAGCCCAGUGAGCUCCGAGAAUGUGCCUCAGAACCUGCCCGAAGUGCCUGCUAUCGUGGUCCCCGACGGCGAUGAAGAUAAGGAGGGCAAAGAAGCUCAAUGGGAAAAGCGCGCAACCAUGUUGGCACGCAAAAACUCCGAGGUUCGCAGUCGGCCCGGGACCCGUCCGGCUAGCCCUACCCGCACCGUUAGUAACGACUUUGCUCGUAUGCGCCUUGGGAGUGUUACCGCCGAAGCGGAAGAAUGGCCUUUGAAGAACGAGCCUGGUGCUGUCGCGCCUCCUCUGCCUGCGACCAAAGCUGUCUCGUCCAAAGCUAUCGAUGACGAUAUCCAGCAGGCCAUCAAGUUGCAUGAAGAAGGAAAUUUGGAGGAGUCCACUGCUCUAUUCGGGAAACUGGCUGACCCUGAAGGGGCAAAUAAUCCCCUAAGCCAAGUUCUGUACGGCCUUGCUUUGCGGCACGGAUGGGGAUGCGCCCCUGACGCAGCCAAAGCCGUGACAUAUCUCUCGGCAGCAGCUUCAAACGCCGCCGAAAUCGAACAGCUUGCUCUCCAGGCUGGGCUCAAGAAAGGCGGCGCUGCCAAAGGCGAACUCGUCCUGGCCAUAUUCGAACUGGCCAACUGCUUCCGGCAUGGCUGGGGCAUCCCUAAGGAUCCGAUAGCCGCCAAACAAUACUACGAGACAGCGGCGAAUUUGGGAGAUUCCGACGCCAUGAACGAAGUAGCAUGGUGCUACCUGGAAGGGUUUGGCACCAAAAAGGACAAAUACACCGCCGCAAAAUAUUACCGCCUGGCGGAGAAGAACGGGAACAAGAUCAUGGGCAAUACCUGGAUCUGGAAGGAAAAGUAUGACCCCGGGAAAAAGAAGUAG